AUGGGCGUAGAGAUAACCCCCGAUGUCGAGGAAUCGACGGAACCUCCUAUAUGUCCUUUCACGGAAAUCAAUCCCCAACCCAAUGUGACAAACACCCUGUGUACAAAGCCCUGCGCUACCGACAAAAACCCUAUUUCGCACACGACCGGUCACACUGCGUCCUCGAACCAAUCAAGUAAAGAAGGGUCCGACCGCAACGCUCAUCUCAUAGAACCAUCUGAGCUUGCACUCCUCCUCCAUACAGAUCUCCGAAAUGGUCUCUCUAGCACCGAAGCGGCCUCCCGUCUCCAGCGCGAUGGUCCGAAUACCGUGCGUGAAAUGGAGGGUGUCUCCGUCUGGGGGAUACUGCUAAGGCAGGUGUCCAACAGUCUUACACUAGUUCUUCUGAUCACCAUGGCCCUAUCCUUUGGAAUCGAUGAUUAUAUUGAGGGAGGUGUCAUCACCGCAGUGAUUGUCUUGAAUAUAGUUGUGGGCUUCAUACAAGACUAUCGCGCCGAAAAGACAAUCAUGUCACUGCAUCGUCUCUCCGCCCCAAUAUGCAAGGCCAUCCGAGAGGGUCGCAUUGCCUCUAUUAAGGCUCAAACGUUGGUUGUCGGCGACAUAGUCCAGCUAGCAGUUGGGGAUAUCGUCCCUGCCGAUCUGCGCUUGUUUGAUGGCAUGAAUGCUUCAAUGGAUGAAGCACUUCUCACAGGCGAAUCCCUCCCCAUCCUCAAAACCCCUCAUGUGACCCUAGCGUCUUCUGAUAUUCCUAUCGGCGACCGAACCAACAUGGCCUAUUCUGGCUGCAGCACUACACAAGGUCGUGCAAUGGGAAUAGUCACCGCAACAGGGAUGAAUACAGAGGUCGGGAAAAUUGCACAACUACUCCAGACACAGCCGGACCUUCAUGACUCCAGCCGUCUUGCUCAGGCGGGUAAACGGACGAAGGCAUUUUUUAUGAAUGUGCUGGGCUUGAUUGGUACGCCGUUGCAAGUGAAGCUGAGCAAAUUUGCACUCUUGCUUUUCGGACUGGCGAUUCUGCUCGCCAUUAUCGUCUUUUCGGUCAAUAAAUGGGAUGUUCAGGGUGAGGUGCUCAUAUAUGGCAUCUGUGUUGCUGUUGCGGUCAUCCCGGAAUCGCUGAUUGCUGUCCUCACGAUCACAAUAUCUGUGGGUACAAAAGCAAUGGCCAAGGGAAAUGUAAUAGUCCGGAAACUCCAAUGUCUUGAGGCAGUCGGCGGUGUCACGAACAUCUGUUCUGACAAGACAGGGACUCUAACCCAGGGAAAGAUGGUAGCCCGCUCUGCAUGGAUCCCCGGUGCUGGGACUUUGACUGUGAGCCAAACUACAGAUCCAUUCGACCCGACCAGUGGUCUGGUCCAACUGGAUGAGAUUGAUUGGAGCUCCAAUCAACCCAUCGAAGAGAAUCCUGCACUGCAUACCUUCUUGCGAGCGCUUGCUCUCUGUAAUCUUUCCGCUGUCCACCAUGAAAAUCAAGUAUGGAGUGCUGUGGGUGAACCAACGGAGAUUGCUCUUCACGUUCUGGCUUUGCGCUUUGAUUUUGGAAAAGAUUCCGUGAUGAAGAAAAGGCAACUUCAAUUGCAUACAGAGUAUCCAUUUGACUCGGCUAUCAAGAAGAUGACCGUCGUCUAUGACAACCCACGGGAUAGGACCAAAGAGAUCUACACCAAGGGUGCCCCAGAGGCUGUUAUUCCUCAUCUCAAUAUUGACGAAGCAGAAAAGCAAGUUAUACGAGACACGGCUGAUCGGAUGGCGGGCGAAGGACUUCGCGUCCUAUGCAUCGCCUACAAAGCACCCCCAAUCGAUGACGAAUCUCAAAUAUCUCCACGAAGCUCCGCUGAAUCAAACCUACGAUUUGGAGGCCUUGUAGGACUAUAUGAUCCGCCUCGAGUGGAAUCAGCUGCGGCCGUACGCAGAUGCCAAAUGGCAGGGAUCACGGUGCACAUGCUUACUGGGGACCACAUUAAGACAGCGACAGCAAUUGCGUCAGAGGUCGGUAUUCUUGACCGUGUCACCGCACACAUCAAAUCCAACAAACUGGUGAUGGCUGCAGAUGAGUUCGACAAGUUGACUGAUGCAGACAUUGAUGCGAUCGAGGAACUGCCUCUUGUGAUCGCACGCUGUAGCCCUGCCACUAAAGUUCGGAUGGUAGAUGCGAUGCAUCGGCGUCAGGCAUUUUGUGUCAUGACGGGAGAUGGUGUCAACGAUUCACCUGCACUCAAAAGGGCUGAUGUUGGUAUUGCCAUGGGAAAAAAUGGUAGCGAUGUUGCGAAGGAGGCUGCCGAUAUGGUUUUGACAGAUGACAACUUCUCUUCUAUUGUCAAAGCAGUAGAAGAGGGCAGGAGACUUUUUGAUAAUAUCCAGAAGUUCCUCCUGCAUCUGCUCAUCUCGAAUAUUGCACAGGUCAUCCUCCUCCUGAUCGCCCUUGCUUUUAAAGACAAGGGAGGUGACUCGGUCUUCCCGUUGUCGCCACUGGAGAUCUUAUGGGCAAAUCUUGUUACGUCUUCAUUCUUGGCUGUCGGUCUUGGACUCGAAGAGGCCCAGCCCGAUAUCAUGUACAGACCACCACACGACCUACGCGUAGGUGUUUUCACGCGCGAGCUCAUUGUGGAUAAAAUGAUAUACGGAACCUUCAUGGGAACACUUUGCCUCGUCUCGUUUGUCUGUGUGAUAUACGGCGCCGGAUCGGGAACAUCUUCUUUGGGCGAUGGAUGUAAUCAGGAAUACAAUCCAAGCUGCGACGCAGUGUUCCGCGCCCGGGCCACUACUUAUGCGACCCUCACCUUCCUCCUCCUUGUUACAGCGUGGGAGGUGAAGCACUUUUCUCGUUCCCUGUUCAACAUGGAUCCGAUCAGAUAUCCCAAGACGUUCUCAGUCUUCCCCACCGUCUGGAACAACCGUUUCCUAUUUUGGGCGGUCAUGGCUGGCUUUGUCAUUGCCUUUCCAGUCAUUUAUCUCCCGGUCGUUAACCAAGUGGUCUUCAAGCAUCAUGCUAUCACCUGGGAGUGGGGAGUGGUAUUUGGCUGUACCUGUGUCUACCUAUUGUGCGUUGAGAGCUGGAAGGCCGUGAAACGGUCGCUGGGCAUUGGGAGCGGAAAGACUGCGACGCUUACGCUUGAGGAUGCUGAAACGCGGGCAGGAUUGGCCAAUCUUACGCCACUCUCACUGAGUGCGAAUGCGAGCGUGGAAUUGAAGUGA